AUGACAGAAAAACGAACAAUUUUAUUAUUAGGAAGAACCGGAAACGGAAAAUCUACAAUGGCAAAUGUAAUCAGUAAUACUGGCCAUUUUGCGGAAAGUGAAUAUGGAGUUAGUGAGACAAGGGGUAUCCAAGAAGGGAUAUUUAGAGUAAGGAAGGAAAAUGUUGAUUUUCAUAUAGUAGAUACAAUUGGAAUUGGUGAUACUAGAUUUGAUGAAAAAGAGGUUUUGUUAAAAUUAGCCGAAGCAACUAACGCUAUUAAAAAUGGCUUAAAUCAGAUAUUAUUUGUGACUAGUGGCAGAUUUACUGAGGAAGAAGUAAGAGCCUAUAACUUAUUACGAACAGUUUUUUUUGCGGAAGAUAUUGGGGAAUAUACGACAAUUGUCCGAACCAAGUUUCCAAGUUUUCGCAAGGUAGAAAAAUGUAAAAACGAUAAAGAGAAAAUGAUUGCAGAAAAUGAUGAUGUAGGAGACAUAAUUCGUUCUUGUAAAAAACUUAUUCAUGUUAAUAACUUAACUGAGGAAGAAGACCCUGAAUUGAAAUCACGGAAAGAGUGUCGCGACAUAUUAAGGGCUCACUUAAAGUUUAAUUGCGGAACAAUUUAUCGUCCGAGAAAUCUUGAUGAGGCCAAUGAAAGAAUAAGAAAUCAUAUGACUGACCGCGAGAAAACUCAAAAGCAAAUGGAUGACCUUAAUGAAAAAAUAAAGCAAUCGGAAGAAAGAGCCAAGAAUUCUGAUGCGGAAGCACGAAAAAGAGAAGAAAGAUUGCGACAACAAUACAACGAUAGUCUGAAAAAUUUGGCAAAUCAAAAGGAACAGCAGAAUGAGAGUUUAGUCAAAGCAAUGGCUGAACAAAUGAAUUCUAAGUUGAGUACGAUAGAAAAAGGACAUAACCAAAUAGUCGAUAAUUUGCAAAGUAGAAUGACUUAUUUAGUUAAUCAAUUAGAGAAAAAAGAUAGAGAAUAUAAGGCAUCAAUGAACAACCAAUUAAGAAAUCAAAAAGAACUUUACGAAUCGUUGAGAUUUUCUUCAGGCUUACACUACUCUUUGCAAGAAACCAAAGGAAUUUAUUUUGAGGCUAAAGAAAUUGUUGAAAGCAGAUAUCAAUACUUAGAUGAAAAAGAUUUUGAGUGGCAGAGUGGAGAAAUCCAACCCACUGAUGAAGAGUUAGAUUUAUUGGAAGAGGCCUUUAACGAGGCCUCUUGGGCUUUUGAUUUUUUAAUUAUUGGUGAGGAAAAAGAUAAGAGAGAAAAAAAAAAGAACUUACAAAAUCAGAUUAAUUCUCUCCAAAAUCAGUCAAAUAAUAAUAAUGAAGAAAAGAUUAGAGAUUUACAAAGACAAAUUGAUGAGUUAAAAAAUAAACCUUCGCUUCCUAACUCCGAUACUUCUCCUUCAUCAAAAGAUAAUGAUAGUAGUCUUUUAAUAGAGAUUUGUAUAGGUCUUGGAGUAUUCUUAAUUGUAUUAGCAACAGGUUUUUUAAUAUUUACAAAAAGAAAAAAACAGGGAGUUUAA